AUGUCGGAAUCGCUCAAAUCCUGGCUCUUUCCAUUCUGCACCACCCAUGCCACCCUCGCAUCCACCCUCUCUCUCGACCUUCCCGACGUGCCCUUCCACCGGGGCAACCGGAUCCAACUCCUCCACCUUCUCACCUUCCCCUCUUCAUCCUCCACUGACGACAUCUUUGCGCUGGUUGGCGAUCGAACGCACUGCAUAGCCGCACGCUUCUCCUCCACCUCGCUGCAUCACUUCCACUCCACGCACUCUCUACCUUUUACCGCCCUAAAAGGUGCGCUGUUGACACUGACCAAUGUACGGAUUACGGUGGAUCGCGUGCGCGUAGCGGCAGGUGCAGCAGGGGGAAAGGUGUAUCAGGAUGGACAGUGGGGGUUGGUAUUGGAUGUUCGAGGGUGGGAAGUUGUGGGUGGUAUGGGAGAAGGGGUGUGGUUCGGGGGUGUGAGGUUGAUUACUAGCGAGAAUGGGGUUCCCAGGUCCGUAUUAGGGAAAGAGGAGGAGAAGGGCGAGCAGGACAAGUUCCGCAUCAUGAUCGGGUGGAUGAAACGAUGGAUCCGGUACAAGGUGGCUGUAGAUCGUGCUGAACAACAUCGGCGAGGAAACUCCGGAACAGAGUUCGAGAAGCAAAAGGGCACGGGAGACUUUCCUACACCCGCACAAAGAGGUAGUCUGCUCACAACUCCUCCACCAAAAACACAGGCAGAAGGAAAAACACAGGAAGAAAGCCUCGAAUCCAUCCCCACCCAACCGAGCGAACUCGACAGCGCAGCUCAUCUCUGGACAGACUUUGAUCUGGAUGCGGACCUCAACGUCGGGCAGGAAAUCGCGCUGGAUCAGUGGAGAGAAGUCUUACCCGACGGCACCGCCUCGCCCACCGUUGGAGAGGAGAACGUCGCAGAGCAGCCUUCGUCGCAACCGCACAGUCGGUCAGAUGAGGACCCCGACGAAUCCCGAAUCUCCGACUACGAACGAGAAGCGAGGAUGGGUAGGAGGCGGAAGAAGCGAGCUAGAUCGACCACAGCGUCGGGGAAUGGUGCGGUUGACGUUGUGGAAAAGCAGAGCGGGGUGGAGGAUGAGGGUCAGACGAGGGUUGAGCGUGACCAUGAGGAGAAGAAAGGAGCGGUUGAUGUCAUGCAGCAGGUAGAAGGUGAAGCGGUGUCAAUACCAGUAACGACAGUACCAUCACCGACACAGACGAUGCCAGCAGCCUCAUCGCUACCCAUCACAUCAACACCACCACAAUCCACUCCAACACCACCUCAGAAUACGACCCUCUCCACCCAUCCACCACCGCCACCACCCUCCUCAUCCUCAUCCCGCACCUCCUCCACCACUGGGCUCAAACCUCCUCGCAAACGGAAAACCCGUCAAGCCGCGAUAGCAGCUCUGUAA